ACUUCUUCUUCUUCUCUCUCUAUCCAGCUAUCGGGACAGAAUGAACGGUAACGUGGAAGUGAUGAACGGUAACGUGGAGGUGAUGAACGGUAACAUGGACGGGAUGUACGAGAACGGUCCUCGUGAGGGCUCCUUCAUGUUUACCUCUGAGUCUGUGGGAGAGGGACACCCCGAUAAGAUCUGUGACCAGAUCAGUGACGCCGUGCUGGACGCUCACCUGAAGCAGGACCCCGACGCCAAGGUGGCCUGUGAGACGGUGUGUAAGACCGGCAUGGUGCUGCUCUGCGGUGAGAUCACGUCUCUGGCCAACGUGGACUACCAGAAGGUGGUGAGAGAAACCAUCCGGAACAUCGGAUACGACAACUCCGACAAAGGCUUUGACUAUAAAACGUGUAACGUGCUGGUGGCCCUGGAGCAGCAGUCCCCAGACAUCGCUCAGGGAGUCCACAUCGACCGCCUGGAGAACGACAUUGGAGCUGGAGAUCAGGGUCUGAUGUUCGGCUACGCCACAGACGAGACGGAGGAGUGCAUGCCGCUCACCGUUGUCCUCGCACACAAACUCAACGCCAAGAUGGCCGAGCUGAGACGUAACGGAACCGUCCCCUGGCUCCGCCCAGACUCCAAGACUCAGGUGACGGUUCACUACAGCCAGGACCAUGGUGCUGUGGUCCCCCGGAGGGUCCACACUGUGGUGAUCUCCGUGCAGCACGACGAUAACGUGAGUCUGGAGGAGCAGAAGAAGGUCCUGAAGGAGAAGGUGAUCAAAGCUGUGGUCCCCUCCAGGUACCUGGACGAGAACACCAUCUACCACCUGCAGCCCAGCGGACGCUUCGUCAUCGGUGGACCACAGGGUGACGCCGGCGUGACAGGCAGGAAGAUCAUCGUGGACACGUACGGCGGGUGGGGUGCUCACGGUGGCGGGGCGUUCUCCGGGAAGGAUUACACCAAGGUGGACCGCUCAGCUGCGUACGCCGCCCGCUGGGUGGCCAAGUCUCUGGUGAAGGCCAAGCUGUGCAGGAGGGUGCUGGUGCAGGUGGCGUAUGCGAUCGGCGUGGCCCACCCGCUCUCCGUCUCGCUCUUCACCUACGGCUCGUCUCAGCGCAGCGAGAAGGAGCUGCUGCAGAUCGUCAACAAGAACUUUGACCUCAGACCCGGAGUCAUCGUCAGAGAUCUGGACCUGAAGAGACCCAUCUACCAGAAGACAGCCUGCUACGGACACUUUGGAAGGAAGGAUUUCCCCUGGGAGGUCCCCAAGAACCUCAACUUCUAG